AUGUCUGAAAUCACCAUCACUGGCUUUACCAUCCGCGAUGUCCGCUUCCCGACAUCGCUCAGCAACAUCGGGAGCGACCCCAUGAAUUCGGCUGGGGAGAACGCGCUCGGUCACAUCACCUACCAUACCAACAAGGACCUUGUCGGAUCGGGCUUCUCCUUCUCCAACGGUCAAGGCAAUGAGGUUCUCUGCGCAGGUCUCAAAGCGCUUGCUCCUCGCUUUGUCGGACGUACCCUCGCCUCCAUCACCGAGAACUUCGCCAAGACCCACCGCAACCUCGUCUCGGGACAGAUCCGCUUCAUGUCUCCCGAACGAGGCGUCAUGCAGCUCGCGACUUGCGCCAUCCUCAACGCCCUCUGGGAUCUCUGGGCCAAGUCCGAGGGGAAGCCCCUCUGGCGCUUGGUUGUCGACAUGUCGCCCGAAGAGUUCGUCCGCUGCAUCGACUUCAGGUACAUCACCGACGAAAUCACCCCGGAGCAGGCGGUCAAGAUGCUGCAGGAGAAGGAGGCGGGGAAGAAGGAGAGGUUGCAGGCGGCGCUGGACAAUGAGGCUGUCCCCGGGUACAACACCUCUGUCGGAUGGUUGGGAUACUCGGACGAGCAAGUGACCGACCUGCUCAACAAGGCCAUCUCGGAAGGCUUCAAGCACUUCAAGCUCAAAGUCGGCCUGGGGCUCGAGGCGGAUCGCAGGAGGCUGGGUCUUGUGCGCAAGGUCGCCGGUCCGGACGCUGUCAUCAUGACCGAUGUCAACCAAGUCUGGGACGUCGACGAGGCGAUCGAGUACAUGCCCAAGCUCGCCGACCUUGACCUGCUGUUCAUCGAAGAGCCCACCUCGCCGGACGACAUCCUCGGUCACGCUCGCAUCCGCAAGGCGCUCAAGCCACACGGUAUGGGCGUGGCGACCGGCGAGCACGUCAACAACCGGGUCAUGUUCAAGCAGCUCCUCCAGGCCGAGGCUAUCGACGCGCUUCAGCUCGACGCGUGCAGGUUGUCCGGCAUGAACGAGAUCUUGAGUGUCCUACUGCUAGCGACCAAGUUUGGCGUUCCCAUCGUUCCGCACUCAGGUGGCGCUGGGAUGACUGAGCUCUGCGCGCAUAUCAGCACCAUCGACUACGUCUCUGUGUCUGGCAAGAAGAGUAUCCUCGAGUACACGGACCAUCUCCACGAGAUCUUCCUCGCCCCCGCUGGCAUGGGCAAGACUGGUUUCCACACCUCGCCCACCGUUCCUGGCUACUCGGCGGAUAUCAAGGAGGAGGUCUUUGCCGAGUUUGAGUGCCCAGGCGGGUCGUUCUGGAAAGGCGAGCAGGGGCAGAAGAUGCUCAACGACCCGUGGAGGGGUGUGGCUGGGGAGCAGACUAGCUAG